GUGGAGGUUUGUCCUCCUCCUCCUCCUCCUUCUCGAUUGACUCCUCCUCCAGCGCUCCGCUCGAGUUCGCCGUGAUUUCAUACCGAAGUCAUACUUCACAUUCCAGCUUUACUGUCAAAUCAGGAGAAAUAUUUCUUCAAAAACAUCAGCGUGGUUUGCGUUUGUAAAUGAGCUCCUGCGAUAAAGCCUGAAAUCCCCUUUUUGCGCGCAGCAAAGCAGAGCUUGCGUUUAAGACUUGAACCCCGUAGUCAUGGUCAACUCCUCUCUGCAACUCAAGUCCACCGACAUACAAGGCGAGCUACUGGACAAACUGGUAACAGCAGGAAAAGCGUCCAUACGGAGUGCUGGGUGUGAGGGCUCACGCAGGGGCCCAGGUGGAGCCGCCACCAUUGCAGCCAACGAGUGGAGCACCAGCGAGAGCCCGGAGGAGGGCCAGGAGGAUGAGGUGGACGGGAUGGACAAAACCGGAAUGGACGGGGAUGCGGAGGGAGUCUGGAGCCCUGACAUUGAACAAAGCUUCCAGGAGGCUCUGGCCAUUUAUCCACCCUGUGGCCGCAGAAAGAUCAUCCUCUCAGAUGAAGGAAAGAUGUAUGGUCGUAAUGAAUUGAUAGCACGGUAUAUAAAGCUACGGACUGGAAAAACACGCACAAGGAAACAGGUAUCUAGUCACAUACAGGUGUUAGCAAGGAAGAAAAUGCGGGAAUAUCAAGCAGGCAUAAAGGUGUCUAGUCAUCUGCAGGUUCUUGCGCGGAGAAAGUCUCGCGAGAUUCAGUCUAAGCUGAAGGCCAUGAAUUUGGAUCAGGCUUCAAAAGACAAAGCACUUCAGAACAUGGCGGCUCUAUCUUCAGCUCAGAUCGUCUCUGCCAGUGUGAUGAAGAGUCAGCUUCCUCCUGUUCCUCAGCACCCGUACCCUCCUCCAGCCCGGUUUUGGCCCGGACCCAUCCCAGGACAGCCUGGACCUUCUCAGGACAUCAAGCCCUUUGCACCGAGCCCGUACCCCACCCUUCCGCCUCCGCUGCCUGCACCCAUAUCAAGUUAUGAGCAGUUACCUGCCCCACUCCCCCCAAGUGCAACAGCUGUGCCCGUGUGGCAGGACCGGACCAUCGCCUCCUCUAAACUGCGAAUGCUUGAGUACUCCGCCUUCAUGGAGGUCCAGAGAGAUCCUGAUACUUACAGCAAGCACCUGUUUGUCCACAUCGCACAGACAAACCCCUCAUAUACAGAUCCGCUGCUGGAGGCCGUGGACAUCCGCCAGAUCUACGAUAAAUUUCCAGAGAAGAAGGGAGGCCUGAAGGAGCUAUAUGAGAAAGGCCCUCAGAACGCCUUUUUUCUCGUCAAAUUCUGGGCUGAUCUGAACAGUAGUAAUGUUCAGGAUGGCGCAGGCUCUUUCUAUGGGGUCAGCAGUCAGUACAGCAGUGCUGAAAACAUGACCAUCACUGUGUCCACUAAAGUCUGCUCGUUUGGCAAGCAAGUGGUGGAGAAGGUGGAGACGGAGUAUGCGCGUGUGGAGGGCGGGAGGUACGUUUACAGGAUCCAUCGCUCACCUAUGUGUGAAUACAUGAUCAACUUCAUCCAUAAACUCAAGCACCUGCCCGAGAAAUACAUGAUGAACAGCGUACUGGAGAACUUCACUAUACUGCAGGUCGUCACAAACCGAGACACUCAAGAGACUUUGCUCUGCAUUGCGUUUGUGUUUGAGGUGUCGACAAGCGACCACGGCGCACAAUAUCACGUUUACAGACUCGUCAAGGACUGAAUGACCGCCGUGCCUAAACACCAAAUUAAAAAAAGAGGAAAACUAGACAACCUGAAGCUCAGAAACACAAUCAUGGACAAAACACAUGUGGGGAUUUUCUGCACUAGGUUGUGUUGUAUAUUUAGUCGUGUUCCUUAAAGGAGAUGUACUUUCAGGGAUAAUUCUGUUUCUUCCUUUGUACUUAUAUAUAUGCAUACACAUAAACACACACACACACACACACACACACACACACACACACACGCACACACAUUUUUUUUGUGAGAUAAAAAGCUGUCGAAAGUCCCUGGUGGGUUAAUUUUGAUUGUGACCCUUGUUGUGUUUAAGGUACUAAACUCUGAAGGCACAAAGGUCUUUUUUAAAAGUGAUUGAGGAAAGGAAUGCUGGUUGAUACGAGUCUUUUGCUGUUCAGGAACUUAGCGAUUGCAUAUGUUUGCUACCUCUGUUCUUGGACAGAUCAAGGCUCAGAUUGUGUUGAGGAGGAUCCGUGGGUUUUGAGAAUAAAAAGGUUUUGUGUAGGAAACAGACACUGAAUGUUUGAUUUGAUAGGAAGUGCAAGUUACAAGAAGGGUUGAUGUUACAUGAAUGUCACACAUUUUGGAGGCCUGUUUGCACCAAGAAUGAUAGCUGUAGAGAUAAUGAUUUGUAUGUUAUCAUUCUCACCAGCGGACAAUGAUUUAUUUUUAUUUUUUUGUAAAGCACACCAUUUAGUUUUGCUUUGCCAUUUUAAGAUUUUUAUUCACAUUAUUUAGUGGUUGUUAUCUCAGAAUAACAUUCCAAGGAAUGUCGUGACUGACUAAUCAGAAUCGAGUAUAUCAGCUGCGUAAUAAAUAAGGGAUAAUGUACAUCCAGCCAGUUUUCUGUUUAACAAUGAAGGGCUUUAUUUUGCGAAAGCAAUUUACUACAGGUACAUUAUCUUUCACAAUUAGACACAAAACAUUGAUCUGAGCUGUAAUUACUAGCUCUAAUUAAACUUAAAGCAGACAGAAAGCAAAAAAGUAGGCUGGAUGAAGCCUAACCUAACCUACAUAUAUUUAUAUUCAGUUGUUUAGUUGCAACAUGGCACCAAUCAGUCAAGAACACACAAAAUGUUGAUUUCAGUUGACAUUGUUAUACUCUGAAAGGUCCACAUUGGCUCAGAUUUUUUUUUAAUCUCUAAAAGGUUUCAGAUUGGGUGUCAAUGGGGUGAAUGAAUUUUAUUUUCUACUAAGUACUUUAGAUUGGCUAUCAUUAGUCUUUUUUCCCCAAAACAAAUAUUAUUGGAUGUCAUAUUUUUCUAGUAAGAUUCUAAAUGGCUAUCAGUUUAUUUGUAAGUUUUAGGGUUUAUUUGUAUUGCUGUGUUCACACCAGACAAGGCACACACGAAAGAAUCAUGCUAUUUGUGCGUAAAUAGAGACGAGAACAUUUUUGGUUUACUCGCUUCAUUUGCAUGUCAAAAUCGCUUCAUUCGAGUGUCAAAUUCACCUCACAAUAGAUGCGGAUUCGCGUCAUGGGCAGGGCUUCUGUGACUGUAGCUUCGUUGCUAAAUGGUUGAUUUUAUUGAUAUAGUAGCUGUGCUUUAUGGGCUUUAGGAUAGCUGAAAAACAACGUAGAUUUGUUCAGCGCCGUGUCUGAGUGCACUAGAUCCUUUCAGAGCACCCAGCUCUGUGAGUACAUCAACUCCUCCAGAAACUACCUGGAUGAGGAGAGCUUUCAGCGGUGCUUCAGACUGAGCUGAGCCCAGUUUGAUAAACUGUUGUCUGGUGUCUGCAAGAGGAUUUACACUCAGGACACCAACAACAGGCACUACAGUACAUCAUAAUCACUCCCCUACAAGAGCAAGCUCAUAAUAGGAUAACGUGGUGCGAAUGCUUGCUGAAGUUCAGAUUUUCCAACUCGAAUCUCUCGUUAAGUGCGUCAAACGUGCAAAAGCUCAACUCGUGCCGCCUCAUUCGUCCGAAUCGCAUCACAGGAUGUCUAAUCAAGACUUUGCAGUGACAUGCAAAUCACUCACGCUUGAUGCUUAAUCUGCCUCUGGUGUGAACACAUAAAUAAUAGGGUUUCCCAGUACUGGGUUGUGGCUGGAUAUUUACAUAUGCUGUAAUAGUUGGUGGUUAAUUCUGCUGUGGCGACACCUAAUAAAUAAUGGACUAGGCAGAAGGAAAAAGAAUGAUAAAUAAAUGUAUCAGGAUUCUGACUAAAUCAUUCAUUCAUUCAUUUACAACCGCUUUUCCGGGGCCGGGUCGCAGGGGCAGCAGUCUUAGGAGAGAACCCCAGACUUUCCUCUCCCCAGAGACUUCCUCCAGCUCCUCCGGGGGGAUAUCAAGGUGUUCCCAGGCCAGCCAAGAGACAUAGUCCCUCCAGCAUGUCCUGGGUCUUCCCUGAGGCCUCCUCCCGGUGGGACAUGCCUGGAACACUUCCCUAGGUAGGUGUCCAGGAAGCAUCCGAAACAGAUGCCAGAGUCACCCCAGCUGACUUCUCUCAAUGUGGAGGAGCAGCGGCUAUACUCCGAGGUCCUCCCGGGUGACAGAGCUCCUCACCCUAUAUAUAAGGGUGCGUCCUGCCACCCUGCGAAGGAAACUCAUUUUGGCCACUUGUAUCCGAGAUCUUGUCCUUUCAGACAUGACCCAAAGCUCAUGACUGUAGGUGAGAGUAGGAAUGUAGAUUGACCGGUAAAUCGAGAGCUUAGCCUUUCGGCUCAGCUCCUUCUUCACCACACUGCUGCCGCUGCAGCCUGUCAAUCUCACAAUCUGUCAAUCUUCCCUCACUCGUAAACAAAACCCCAAGAUACUUGAACUCCUCCAACUGGGGUAAGAACUUUCCUCCAAUCUGGAGAUGGCAAACCACCUUUUUCUGGUGGAGCACCAUGGCUUCGAACUUUAAGGUGCUGAUUCUCAUCCCACCUGCGUCACACUCAGCAGCAAACUUCCCCAGUGCAUGCUGAAGUUCCACGUUCGAUGAAUCCAACAGAACAACAUCGUCUGUGAAUAACAGAGAUAAAAUCCUGUGGUCCCCAAACCAGACCCCUCCAGUCCAAGGCUGCGCUUUGAAAUUCUGCCCAUAAAAAUUAUCAACAGAAUUGGUGACAAAGGGCAGCCCUGUGGGAGCCCAACAUGGAAACAAGUCUGACUUAAUGCCGGCAUUGCAAACCAGACUCCUACUCUGUUCAUACAGGGACAAGACGGCCCUAAACAGAGUGCCUCUGAACCCAUACUCCCAGAGCAACCCCCACAGAAUGCCACGAGGGACACGGUUGAAUGCCUUCUCCAAGUCCACAAAACAUAUGUGGACUGGUUGGGCAUACUUCCAUGAACCCUCAAGCCCCCUCGUGAGGGUAUAGAGCUGGUCCAUUGUACCACAGCCUGGACAAAAACCACUUCUGAAUAACUAUCACUAUUUUUCCUCUUUAUAAAAUAACUCUUAUUGGUGUUCAGAGAUUUCAUAUAAAACAAUUGAAAAUUGUUGUCAAUGUUUGUUUGUUUUUUCCAUAAAAGGAUUCUAAUUGACUAUCUGUGAUUUCGGUUUCAUGGUUGAUUUGAAAUAUAUUGUUUAUCAGCGAGAUUAUAAUUAUAGUUUAGUGUUGGAUUCUACUAUUCUUCUAGAAAUAUAAACAAUUAUCAAAGCUUUAUUUUCAUCAUUAUUCUUUAUAGUUAACAUCCUUGGUGUAUACAGGUGAUUUGGCUUGAAUUUCGUGUUUCAGUAAGUGCUAAUGUGUGAGCUGUUUCUACCUCCUGCUGUUACAUGGAUACACAAAAGUGCAUUUGGAGCAUUUUUACAGCAGACUUUAACCAUUUUGCCAUAAUGAUUAUUGUGAAAGAUGAUAAAUGCAUGGUUUUACUCGACCGCCCUCAUUUUGAGUGCCUUAUUACUUUUGAGUCAACCUUAGCCAUACUGGUGAAUGAGCAGGAAAGCUCUGUAUAUCAGGUAAUGCUGUACAAAACAAAGAGACAAAUCUGACAUUACAUAAUGAGGUUACAGCGGGACGAAUCUAAUCUCGGUGUGUAACACUUUGUUUGAUUUUUUCAGUGUUUUAAUCAAGAACUGUAUGCUAAUUACGUCAUCACUAAAACAAAUACAAUAAAGUGGGUGCUUGAGUAUUUUCCUGAAAAAAAAAACAGUAUGUUUUUUAAAAGAAAGAUUGUACUUUCAUGUAAAAUAUCUGUUUUUUGUUUGUUUGUUUGUUUUUUUAGUGUGGUAAGACAUGCCAUUGGUUAAAAGAAGAUACUGAACAGCACAAACUGAAAUGACCCUUUAAUUCCAUACCACAAUGUGCAGUAAGAUCUGGGCUAUUCCGAUCCAUAAGUUCUCAGGUUUUUUUUUUUUUUAGUAAUUCAGAAACACUCUUUGUUUGCAAUGUUCGUAUAUACAGCAUGUGGAGUUUUGGAUUCAUCCCAAAAAUGAAAAUUCUCUCAUAAAUUACUGUCUCUCAUGUGCUUUUAAACAUUUAUGAGUUUCUUUCUUCUGUUAAACACGAAGAAAGAGAUUUUGAAGAAUGUUUUCUUCAUGUUUAACAGAAGAAAGAAAUUUAAACAGGUUCUGAACAAGUAAUCAGUGAUUAUCUUAUGACAGAAUUCUCAUUAUUGGGUAAAUAUCCCUUUAAAACCUGUUUACAUGAAGAGCAAUAGCUAUAUUAGUAUUCACAAUAAUGUUCAAUUUGUUGUAAAUACAUGCUGCAGUUUUCUUCUGCUUUGAAUGCUUGCGCUCUUUAAAUGAGUCUUGAUUCUGAUUGGCUAUCGGUGUGUUUAUAACAUCGUAAUCUAACAGCAUUUAUUUUUUAAUUCAGUGGCUAAUUCGUAUUAAUUUGUACUGCAUUUGUACAUUUUACAACGAUUUGCUGAUCCCCCAAUGAGACCUUUCACGAAGACUCAUUCUGAAAACGUACUGCUAUAUACAUUUUUGGAGAGAGCCAAAUACGUCCAAGGAGCAGCUUUUUUACCAUUUUUGUUUUCGCGAAUCCAGGCCACUGUGUACGCAUUUUGAGAUCUCAAAUUUCUCUUGUGCAUGCCAUUCAUGCCUGCUGUUCUUGCAUAAAUCCACCAGAGGCCACUGUCGACUGACUGACUGACCGAUCGACUGACCUACCCAAACCAGGGCUACAUAAUACGCUAUCUCCAGAAAUGUAUAUAGGUUAAAAUGUAUACGUUUUCAGAAUGAGCCUAUGUUAAGGUGGGCCGCACACUGGAUGCGCCGCUUGGCGACGCGCCACACCAUGCCAUGCAGUGCCAUUCAUUUUAGAAUUCUAAGCAUAGAUUUCUAUCAGAGUAAGCACACAGGCGCGGCAAGUCGGCAGCUGUCCACAGUGCCCUGCUACGACUCAGGUCACUAUUCAUAUUUGUGCUGCACUACAGAGCGCCAUCUGAAUAUUUUCAUAUUAAAUAACAUUUGAAUGUAUGCUUCUGGUGUGCUAUAUUUCCAACUGUCAUGUGCGCGUCAUGUCACAGCGUUGAGCGGCGCAUCCGGUAUGCAACCCUCUUUAGUGGUGGGGCUUGGGUACAUGCCUUCUUUUCAAAAUCUUGUUUUAAAUAAAUGAAAUCCUAUGAAUUCAUAUAAAUUAGUCAUUUUUCUGACAAUAUGUAAAAAUAGUUACGUUUUCUCGUGAAAUUGGGAUGGUUUACACACCAUUUUUAAGUAUAAACAGAAAUUGUUUGAUGCAUUUUAACCAUUAAUUUACAAGCAUAUUAGGGGUUUAAAUUUACAUAACUUUGUAAACAGGUUUUAAAGUUUUUGAAAAAAUAAUGUUAACUCUGUAAAAUCGCAAAAUAUGAUUUGCAAAAAAGUGACCUUACGCACAUAUGUAUUAUCUAUUUGAUCAAAAAGUACUGUACGAGCGAGUAUUUGACAAACUAAACAACAAUAGUGGACUACAGGACCGUUUGUUUGCUGAUGCAUAGUGUUUUAUUAUGAAGUGACAUCGCCACCUACUGGCCUGGAUGUAUAAUAUAGCAUUUUAGUCGUUUUCACAGAUUUGUCUGAACAGGGAUCAUUUUAAAAUGAAAAUGUAAUUAAUUCAAUAAUACAUUUUUAGGACAUAGUGGUUGUAAAGUUAACAAAAACACAGUGUUUUUAUAGUUCAUCUGAAAGUGAUUUAGACUCAUUCUUAAUAUUGUUCCUCAUAAAACAAUCAUCUUCCAUACAUUUUAAAGACUCAACCUUGGCACGGUGUCGGAUAUAGUCAUUGAUAUUUAAUUGCAAUCAUAUUAUUAAUUUAUGGAAUUUAUGGUGUUUUGGUACAUUUACACAUUGCAGGUCAGUGCAAUGCAUCACGGAAGGCGCGUGGAUUUGAAUUAGAGGAUUGUUUAUUUAGUUCUACAUUCUGCUUUUGGAUGCCAAGCGUAUUUCUAUUUUUGUAAAAUAUUCAUCUAUAAUAUCUUAACCAAAGAAUCAAAUGUGAACCGCAUCUGCCACAAAACCCAGUCUUGCCUUAUUGUGUGCUUCAGGUCUUCUGUAACAUUUAAAAAAAAAAAAUGUGUUACUGUGUGAGUGUGGAUUUCUGUGUGAGAGAAAGAACAAAAUAGAAAUUAAGUUUGAAAUUCAACAAAUUGUUUUGUGUAUAUUUUAAGAAUGUUACAGGAAAGGUUUUUAUGUCUGUUCUUUUUAUCAUCUUUAUUUUUUGCUUUGUUGGUUUCAAUAUCAUUCUUGUUCUGGUUAAUAUUAAAUAAGGGUUGAGACAUCUACAGUGUUUCAUCUAUUUGCCAAUAAAAAGUGACAUUGGAGCCCUGGAAGCUAAAA